GAUGCCGAUAGAAGCCGACCCCCUCCCUCAGCAUCCCCUCGUCCCCACCUCACGCUUUUCCUCUCCGUAGCUGGAAUAGCUCUGUCUGCCUCAUUAACUCCCGGCCCUACAAACGUCCUCCGGUGCGGCGCUCGUUAAUUUGUUUCCCUGCUCGGGAAUGUGUUCUUUCCGAGGUAUGAAGGUCAGCAAAGGAGGAGAGAGGCAGGCUGUGACCGUACAGAAAACACAGGAGGAGCGUGGUUUGGGAGGAGAAUUAACAACUUGUGUUUUAGCUGAAAAACGUGUUUGUAAAUAGCUGAGGUACCCAAAGAAUUGUUCUGGGUGCUCGGAGCACAAUAAGAGCUCCAGAGAUGGUUUAUUAUACAUCAGGCACAACCAAAAGCCAUCCUCACAUUUAUUUCUUGCGUGACAGACAUUCCAGAGCAGUUCUAAAUGAUAUAUAUUGCUUUUAACACAGCCUUGCUUUCGUUCAAUAGGAUCCUAUAUAGCAUAUGGAGCAGUACAAAUUGAAUUAUCCAUUAGCAUCUUGAAACUUGGUGCUGGGCCCAGUGUUGGUGCAGCUGGAGGGAGGGGCCUUUGGAGGGCUGUAUUGCCUGGGGUUGGUUUGGGGCAGUUUGGUUUUUGCUGUGCUCCUGGAUGGCACUGGUUGGGGUGCAGGGAUGCUGAUGUUCCCACAAUUGGAAAUCUGCUCGUUCAAGGCAGGAAUGAGCUGCAGGUGCUCCAUCUAGCCCCGUUUCUUCAGCAUGCCAGGAGAACACAGAACAUCACCCCAGAGCACCAAGUAUCCCACACCUUGCUGUCCUCCUAUCCACCAGCCUCAUCCCGUGCUCUUCACCAGAAGUAGGAUCUACCACUGCCACUCUCUGUGGCUGCAUUUAUGUAAAGCUGAAGGGAUGCAGCACAAGCCCAGCCUAUGCUUCUACCACCUGCUUCACCUCCCCUGUUGCCUGUUUAUGAAAGCCUGUCUUAGCAUUCGUCAUAAUAAUAAUAAUACUUUGCACUUCCCUAACAACCAUCCAUCUGCAGAGCCCGAGCUGCUGGCAAACCUUUAAUUAGAUCGUGCCUCCCACCACCCCCAGGAAGCAGGCAAACAUUAUCACAUUUUUUCAUUAGCACUGAGGCCGGUGAUGAACCUUCAGGGAGAGGAUGUUGCAGUUACAGCCAAGAAAAGAAGAAAUAAUUAAAAAUGAAAUGGAGUUCCGUUUGCUGUUUAGCUUGAAAACAUCAGGGCUGGAGCCCAGGGAGGGCAGGAGUUGCUGGGACCAUCCCAUAAUACUCCCCUGUGCCCCAGCAGCCUGCAGCUGGGGGCUGUAGGUGCAGCUCACUGAGCUCAGCCCCUCAGGCAGUGAUUUCAGCACACAGUGUGGCUGAUCCUCCAAGAGUCUGGGGGCUGCUGGCAUUUAUCCCACCUUACCAUCAGCACUUAUCCUCACUUUCCAUUGUAGGGGUUGUUCCAGUGGCUAGAUCCCCUUUUCCCCAAGUGUUUCAUACCCUAGCUCUCCCCAGGGACUCUCACAAACAGGCUGAUAAGUACUUGAUUACUGUUUGCCCUUUCUAUGAGACCUUUCUCUGCUUGCUGUGCUCCUGCUGGCUCUUUAAGCUCUCUUCCAAAAGGCACCUUCAGCUCCCAGCAACUGUGCCUUCUCCCUGCAGCUCUGGCCUCCCACUGCUGGAAGUGUUUUGUUCCUUCUGCUUGCCACCAGCUUUGAGGUUAGCUGGUUUUUGGGGGGAUGUUGCUUUGUAGGGCUGGGUGAGGAAAGGAAGGAAGAAAACAAAGGCAGAAAGGGGAGCUGAGUUACACAGAGGCUGCUGAAGGUGCUGCUGCUCUCUGCCAGAAACCUGGGCGCUCUGUUAUUUUUGGGGAGGGUCUGUAAGGAGAGCUGCUAUGGGGGCUUAGGGAGAGCACUUGUACCCUACAAGGUGCUGCAGCCCUGGUUUGGUGAUGCUGCACGUUCUGGCAUCCCCUUUAAGCUGAAGGCUCCUGUUGCAGAAUGCUCAGCUCCCUUUCUGCCCAUGCAGAAUGAUGAGCAGCACCUGAGGGUGAAAGCACUGUGCUCCUGUCCCCAUGUGCAUUUCCCCUCCCUGCCAGCACUGAGCUUCCUCCCGCUGGAUGGAGCUUUGCACGCUCUGCAGCUGCCUGCAGGAAGGCUGGAGGCCUGCACUGCAUGGCAGCACGCCAGCAGCUGCCUGUUUUUCCUCCUUCCUCCUUCUUGCUAUUGCUGAUAUGGAGAUAAGUUGUGUAAAAGGGCUCCUGGCUAUGGCUCAGUGGCCUUUAUGGCUGUGCAGGAGAGCAACCCUGGGGGAGGCUGCGUGUGUUGUUUCCCCUCCUGCUAUUCCAGCCUUAGGGCUUCCCUUGGGUGCUGGCUUAUGUGUGCAGCUCUUGACAGGGCUGAGCACUGGGCACAGCUUAUCCUGCAGCCCAAACGGGGGAUUUUGGGGUUGCGUGGGGUCCUAUGAUGUGCACCCACAUGUGUUGCGACCCAGAGAAAUAUUGGGUUGCGACUGCACCGAGUGCUUUUUGUUGCCUACAUCUGCUCCUUGGGCAGAGCUCAUUGCCUUUGCACCAGGAACUCAGUAAUUUGGAAGGAGAUGGGGAUGCUGUGGGGUCACAGUGUCUGUUUACCUCAAGGCACUUCAUUCAUUGCUCAUCUGUGCAGCUGGUGAGGUGAGAAGGCUGGAUAUGCAGGGAUUACUUUGCAUGUUGGUAUGGUUUGUGUCUGCAAAUGCUUAACACUGGGCAGCACUGAGUCAGACAAGAAAAAGGGCAAAAACCAGGCUGCUGUGUGCUGCAGAGUCUGCUCUGGGGGGCAGUGGGGCCAAUUCUUCUCUCCCCCUCUUGGUUGCUGUGGGCUGGAGAUGGAACUCAGAAGGGCUCCGCUUUGAUUUGGAAGCCCUGACCCCAAACUCCUGCUCACAGGCACCUUUCAUAUGGCAUAAUCCCUGUACAACCCCAUGCAGAGAUUACUGUGCCCAGAUCAGGGAACUCUGAGCCCUUCCAGCAGAACCUGGCCUCGUUGCUGCCACCUCUUCAUUGGCUCUUUCCCCAGCCAUCCAGAAAAUAACAUCAUAACUGAAUACACAUGAUCGCCACGGGAAGGGGAAUCGGCUGCUCUUCCCAGUUUAGUGGCAAACUGUGGGAUGCUCCUUGCUUCUGGCAGAUCCAGGUGUCCCCUAUUGUGAAACCAUGGCUGAGUCAGUGCUGCAAGCUGGCCUGCGGGGAGCCCAGCUCCAAACAUCCUGUCCGAGGGCCACCUCCCUGCCUCACCUCUGCCUUUAUCUGCCCCUUCUGAGUAACAACGCGUCUGGCAAGGGAGAAGGACAAGCAGAAGCUGCAGACACCAGGAGUGAUCCCAAUGCCGACGAGUUUCCUUGGCAGAGCCCUCCGGGGCACCUUCUUCCUCAUCUUUGGUCUCUGGUGGUCGGUGCGAUACCCCCUGAAGUAUCUCAGAAGGAAAACAAAUGCUGAGAACCAGCCAAGCUAUGGGCUCCGGCGUGUGGAAGUCUUUGAAGGGGCAGUCAAAGCUUUCUUUGCCCUGGCAGGGAUCCUGGUGGAGCAGUUUGUCCCCUCUGGUCCCCACCUGAUGCUGUACAGCCCCAAGACGCACAGCUGGACGGACCUCACGCAUUGGCACUACUCCACCAUGUACCUCUUCUUCCUCCUCUCUGGCAUCGUGGAUGUGGUCUCACACUCACCACUCAAACUGCCAUUGGGUUUAGAUCGGCUCUCGCUGUCUGUGGCUCUGUUCAUGGAAGGUUUGCUCUUCUGCUUCCAUAACUUUGGUGAUGCUACACUGGACCAGCACCUCCACUCCCUGUUGGCCUUCGCUAUUUUUGCUGGAGCCCUCUGUGUCCUCCUGGAGGUGUUCCUCAGAGAUCACAUCAUCCUGGAGUGCCUCAGGACCAGCACAUUCCUUCUGCAGGGCUCCUGGCUUUGGCAGAUCGGGUUUGUGCUGUCCCCUCCCUGGGGAGGACCGGGCUGGGACCAGACUGACAGCAGCAAUUUCUCAUUCCUCACCAUGUGCUUCUGCUGGCACUACGCAGGAGCCCUCAUCACCCUGGCAGCCAACGCGGCCGUGUCACGCUGCUGCAACGAGUCCUGCCAGCUGCGAUUCGGGGACAUCGACGUGGAGUUGGACUGCGGCCUGUGCGUCCGCAAGAAGGGCUCUGGUGGGGCACUGCUGCCCGAGGGCGGCCCUGAGGAGAAGUGAGGCUGCAGCGGGAAGUGGCGGCUCCUCCUGCUGCUCUGGGGAUCUUGAGAUGAACUUCGGAGUUCUGUUUGGUUAAACUGGAAGCAGCGGAAGCGGGAGGUUGAGCCCCAAAGCUGAGCUGCUCCUGCGUGCUCCCGGCUCCCUCUGACAGCGAGGAGUUUGCCAUUUUCUCAGGACUGGUUUGCUGGCAGGCGAUGUGGCUGGUUGGGCUUUCUCUGAACCCAGCAGGAGGGAUGCAAACUGCCCCCUGAAGCAGCUCCUGGUGCCUGCUGCUCGCUGUGCCGCUAGCAGAGGGGUUUUGUACAAAGCUUUGCAUGCACAGAGUGUACACGGUCCCAAAUAAAGUGCUAUAAUAAA